UUCUCUCCAGAGCUCUUCUUAUCAUUCGUAUACGAGGUUUGUGUAGUUGGUGAGACACGAAACGCGUUGCUAACUUCAAUUGUGUGAUGUCUUGUGAAAGAUAAUCUGCUGGAUAAUUCUUAAUCACGAAAUGUCAAAAGUUUCAAAGAAAUAAAGGCAAAAAAUAAAAAUAAAGUAAUCGCGCGGACAAGUUUUUUUUUUUAAAAUGAUGACCGCAGCAAGUGUAAUGGACAACUCUGCUUGUUAUAUAGCAGGAGGGCCAUCAGUAGUUCUCAAUAACAGUGCACCAUCGACACUACCCGCUCCUGUCGCUCCCAGUGGUCAGUUUCCCUAUGACCCACCAGAUACGAAAGAGGGGAUCGAGGAGUUGUGUCCAGUUUGCGGAGACAAGGUUUCUGGUUAUCAUUACGGCAUACUGACCUGCGAGUCUUGCAAAGGAUUUUUCAAGAGGACUGUCCAGAACAAGAAAGUGUACACGUGCGUUGCGGACAGAAAUUGUCUUAUUGACAAAACCCAAAGGAAACGGUGCCCAUAUUGUAGAUUUCAAAAAUGCUUAGAUGUUGGGAUGAAGCUAGAAGCUGUGAGACCAGAUCGAAUGAGAGGAGGUAGAAACAAAUUCGGGCCUAUGUACAAACGUGACAGGGCAAGGAAGUUACAGCUAUUACGUCAGAAGCAGGUUGUUCAUACACAGUGUUUAUCGUCCCCGCAAGAAAUGGGAUCUUCCAAUCCUUUUCUACCUCCAGUGGUAUCAGUGACAACAGGCGCUCCCCCAAUGUAUUCUCCAGAUCUAACUCAGGUGAAACAAGAACUGAUUCAAAUCCCCCAUCUCAGUUCUUCUACCAGUUCCCCCGAUUCAUCUUCAUCUCUACCAACUACUACCCAGCAUCAUACAUCUCAGCACUCACAACUAGCCAAUCAACAGCAGCAUCCUUCCGUUUCUCAUCUCAGGGACCUCAGCAAGACAACGUGGAUGACCACACCCCAUCCGACCACGUCUCCCCCUAAUCCCAUUAUUCAUCAUCCUACGUAUUCACCCAAACCUUACCAGUGCGAUCCCGGCCCUUCAACAGCAGGCCCAGUUCCCCUGGUGACAGGAGGAAGCAACAUACCUGAUCUUAUCAGAGAAUUUCAAACGUCAUUUGUAGAUGAUAAAGACUGGCAGGGACAUUUAUUUAACCUUCUUCAAAGUCAGACGUAUAACCAAUGUGAAGUUGACCUCUUCGAACUGAUGUGCAAAGUAAUCGAUCAAUCUUUGUUUGCUCAAGUCGACUGGGCCAGGAAUACCAUCUUUUUUAGGGACCUGAAGGUAGAUGAUCAAAUGAAACUUCUUCAGAACUCGUGGAGUGAUCUUCUUUUGCUGGACCACUUGUACCACCGGAUUCAUAAUUUUCUUCAAGAAGAAACAAUUUUGCCAAAUGGCCAGAAAUUCGACGUUUUGGAAAUGGCCCUCUUAGGUCUCAGGUCCUUAGCAGAUCAAUUCCAUCGUGUAAAUGCGAGACUUCAAGGCCUUAAGUUUGAUCGUGUGGACUACAUAUGUUUGAAAAUCCUAAUUCUACUGAAUCCAGAAGUACCACUGGUUACUAAUGUUAAAUUGAUACAAGAAGCCCGUGAACGGACCAGACAGGCAUUACACGAGUAUUGUGCUUCCUUUUAUCCCGAAUAUCCGGACAAAUAUGGCGAUCUUCUUCAAACAUUGUCCGAGUUGAGACACAUUAGUACUCAAGGGGAAGACUUUAUCUACUUCAAGAUUGUUGGUGAUAACACAGCAACACAGACUCUUCUUACGGAGAUGUUACACGCAAAAAAAAAAUAACACUUGUUGAAAAUUUAGGGUGCUAUAAUUGGGGACUUCAAUUCUUAAAAAUAGAAAAAAGUCAAGUUAUAAACAGUUAUGUUCCUUGAGUGUUUAAAUCAUUAUAAGAAUUAAUGUUUUUUUUUAUGAAAUCAUGCAUGAUAAAAGAACAGUAUUUGUUAAAAAAAAAAUGAAUGACAUCACUAAGGGCACUUAAAAUAUGGUGCAAAAUCACAAGUGUCAAAAGAAGGUAUGUGGAAAACGUAGUCACCAUGGAAAUCACCUGAAAUAUUAUGUUUUGUUUUUUUUUCUAAUGAACAUUUUUCUAUAUUUUACUUUGCAUCAUUCAUCAUAUCAAAGAAAACAAUAUUCAUUGUCAUUUCAUUCUAUAAGUAUGACUGGAUAAUCUAUUUUUCUAUUACAGUUGUAAAUGUGUGAAAAACAAAAGCACUGCCAUCAUCUCAUUUCUUGUGCAUGACAAUUAGCCAAUUAUUGGUUUGAAUUAUCAUUUGAAUGAAGCCUUCUGCCUACUGGAAGCACAAGUGAAAAAAAAACAGUUUCCCAAUCUCUUCCUCAACAAAAGAAAUCCAGCAAAAACGUUUCGUUACCACCUAACUCAGGGACAAGCACAAAAUAAAACAUUUCAACUGCCAAUAAUAUACUUGCCUGAAAACCAGAAUGGUCAGCAUAGAAAAUCCCAGCUUUGGACAGAGUAUAUAAGAAAAGGACUCAGUCCAUUAAAAAAAAAAAACAUUUCCAAAAACAGCACAUUUAUUCGAUGCUUCAAACAAAAAUGGACUGAAUGAUACACAUUUCUGCCUUUUUCUUGACAAGAUGUUGUUGUUGCUGAUCUUGUUGUUAAAUGAAUAGUGCACAUAUAUAUAUAUGUAUGUAUUAUGUGUGUGUAUGUAUACAUUCCUUUUUGCCAUAGCACUGAUAUUAUUUUUAAAUAUUCUUAAACUACUGGUGUUGGUUUUAAAUAUGGUGGUAUACAAAACUUUAUUAUUAAAUGUAAGAGCUGAUAUUUAUACACUCCAGAAUGUACUACUGGCAAAAAGUGAAAUUAACUGGAUGUUUGUUGUAAGUGUUUUUGUUAUAUAUUAAUGAGGUAUGUACACAAUAUUCAAGUAAGUCAAACUAAACAUGCGGUGUUUCUUAAAACAUAUAUAUAUAUAUAUAUGUUUGUUUCACAAGUAAAACAUCAAACGUAAUUUAUUAAAAAAUGCUAGAUACCACGACAAUUCAAAGCUAAAAACAGACAUGUUUGUUGCAUUGCUGAAAUAUUUUGCAAAUCGAUUGAAACUCUUGCGUAAGAACAAUGGUGGCCCAAUCAAGCGAUAUUUGUACUUGGAAUUACUUUUUGAUUGAAUUAAAAUCUUAUUUUACUUUAUGCUCACCGGGGGAAAAAAAAUGUGAUUUAUUUUGCAACACCCCUUAGUUAGAGCCAACUACAACAUAAUAUUGUUACUUCUCUGUUCGGUAGUUAAUUUUCCGUAAAUUCGUUCCGACGAAACUUUAGCGACACGAGUCCUUUCUUAAAUAAAACUGGUUUAUUCUUUCCGAAUACAAC